CCAAAAGCAGCAAAGAGCAAAGGAGGGGGGCAGGAGAAAAAAGUCAUCCAUCCUUACAGCAGAAAAGCCGCUCAACUUACAAAAGAAGCACACAAACAAGAAAAAAAGGAAAAGCUGAAAAAUGAAAAGGCCUUCCGUCUCAGUGUUGUAGGUGAAAAACUCCUUUGGUUUCAGAGUCACCUGGAUCCCAACAAACUGGAAUACACAAAAAAAGAAGCCUGUGAAUUAGCAGAAAAGUAUUUGCAUCGAUUCAGUGAUGAGUUGGAGCAGAUCGAUCUGCAUAACAGUAUUAAAGGCAGACAGGCAAGGCAGCACAGUUCCCGAGAAACUGUCAUCAACCAGACUAUGGAACGUGAAAGACUGCUGUAUGAUGGAUAUGGGCUGGAUAUUCCUGACAUUGUGAACUGCAAGCAUCUUAAAACUUUCAGAGAUUGGGAUGGUGACCUGAAAAAGCUGCCAAACAUUAAAAUGAGAAGACUAUCCAGUAGAGAUGCCGUUACUACUAGGAUGGAGAAAGCAUGUGUUGAAGCUGAGAAGGAACCAUGUACAGCAAAGGAUGUACACUAAUGAACAGCUGCUGACAAGAAGAUGAAAGCUGAAGCAGAUUGCUGAGCUACUGUUUUAAUUAACAGCAGGAGCAGUGAAAUGCCAAAAGACCCAGCUCUCUUGCCUAUGCAAAUAGCAUUUGGUCUCAGCCUUCAGUUAUGGUGUGAAACACUGGGACGUUAUGUCACUAUCUUUCAGUUUUUAAUAUAGUUGAGGUUUGUAAAGGUAAUGGAGAAGACUCUUAAAGGCACGCUAGAUGUUAUAGUGGCCUAAUCAAACUUGGAUUUUACCAAAUUUAUACAUGCUUGGUGCGGAGGAAGAAGGAAGCUGGACUCUUCCCCUGCCAAUCUCUCUACCGUCUUCUCCCCCCAACUGAGAGGCAGUUGUGGAAAAUAAGUUUGAGGGGGCAUAUAUGGCUAAAGAAUAGGCUAGCUCCCCCAUUUAUGCCCUACCCCCAUUUUAUUCUAACUGGACAGGUCUACCUCCGUAAUGCCUGGUUUGGCCAUAGUUUUCUCUCUCUCACAAACACACUGAAUCCAUGUUUUUUAAAGAUAACACUCUAAGCUUAUGGAGGUAUAUCAGAGCUGUAACUGGUAUGACAUAGUGGCAUGUGAUACAUGCUUGUCAGUGCCAGAACUGUUGUUCUUUUCUUCACGUUUCCCCAGUAUUUUUUCCAAUCAGCUUUCCUAAGCCAGCUGCAAAAAUGUGUUGAAGGCCAGGAAGGGUAGUAGGUAGCUGUGGCCAGUGCACUUCGAUCAUCUUUCUAACUUCCCUCACACUUCAAUCAGGGCCAAAACCAGACCAGGUACUGGUGUGCUGUGUGUAUAGAGUGCCCAAGUAUUCACAUUUCAUGAUAGGUGGACUUGGCCCAGAUUCAGAUUGGCACUGCAUCUUUUUUCCUAACUGGAACAACCUUGUGGAGUGAUUGUUUACCACAGAAGAGCUAACUUGCAAGUCCUGUACAAGUUUUUUUUUACAAAAACCCGCUUGGUUUUUUAACCCAGACCAUUAAGUCUUCUGUACCAUUUGUGUCAACUAUAUUUUACUAUGCUUCCUGAAUGGAGGAUAAUGCAAGAAAUUAACCUUGAAUAACUGGAUCGAGAAUGGGUGGAAGCAAGUCUGGAAGGAACCUGAAGUAGUUGUUAUAACAUUUGUUCUCAAUUCUUCUACAAUAUAGAAUCUCUCUAGUACCUGCAUAAAUGUUAAUUUUCACCAUAAAUUAAAUGUUUUCUGAUUUUCAGAAUGUAUUUCACCAGCAAGCAAAGUUGUUUUGAAAUGUCAUGUCACUAUUGUGAUAUCAACCAUCAUCUAAAUACUGCUAGAAUCUGAGUAAUACAGCUAAGACCAAAUUGGUGACAUCAGCCAAGGCAGAAAAGGACUAUUUCUUAAAGACACACACACUCCAAAUUAUAUGAAGCAUUUUUGCAGAGUUAUGACUGUCCUUAAAGCAAGUGCACUAAAAUAAAAGACAUUUUUGUGUGUAUGCACCAAAUUAAACCUUGACAUAUUCAAUUGUUUUUGAAAUUAUUCUCAUAUGUAACUGAGAAAUAAAUACCUG